AUGCUGCGCGAGCUGUGCGUCUCGGAUCUGCUUGCUUUGAGGAGAACGUCCCGCGUGCUCAACAUGCUUGUGACAGAGAACGCACCUGCGAUUGUGCGCUACUGGGUGAAGAACCGGCUCGGCAAUCUUCAUCUACAACUUUAUCCGGCUCCAAGACCGGACGCGAUCGACUUCCCGUUCUUACUCACUAUGAGACGGCGACACAUAGCGUCCAUCAGGUUGACACGUCAGCUUGCCAAUCACCUUGUAGGGGAGCCAACCGAACAGAGGCAGCUGUGGACAUCAGUGUAUGAGAGGAUGCUGCCCCUGGUCUUUGGGGUAGGCUACUUUCUAGAUGAACAUCGACGACUACUUCUGGAAAGAGAUCUCGGCCACAUUCGACCACGCUCCCGUAUUGGCUAUCACGUCCGUACGACGGGUGGUAUCAGUAGCCAAGAAAGGAAGAUCUUGAAGAACCUGGACGCACCACUUCGACUUCAGUACUUCUACAUGUACUGUUUCAUUGUGCAGGUGCUGCUUCGAAAGCUGAGACCUUGCAGUCGUGCUGGAGCAGUGGAAAAGUUCCUGCGGGGAUUUUCAAACCAGCCAGCCUGUUCAGAGGAUGUGGCCUUCUUCCUCAUACUUGGUGGCAUUGGGCAAGUUGCGAAGCUCCUCGCUUGCCCGGUAUAUAGCGAGCGGCGAAGAUAUCUCCUAACGUAUAGAGCUCACAUGUCGCCGCAUACGAGUAAAUGCUGGAGAAAGCACUGGAAGGAUGCUGGUGUGGUUUCACCUGCGUUACUAGACGAUAUUCCUUGUACACAGAUUGGCAUAACACAGCUUGAUCAGGUCUGGGCUCCACUGAUAGCCCAGAUGAUGGAGACGGGGGCGAGAGACUUUACAGAACAGGAAAGGAUACGCUACGAGGAGCUGAAGAUGUCGAAGAAGUUCAUCAACGAAGUAAUGGGGUAUGACAUCCUGCGAGGUCGGGCAGCUGACGGAGGAGAGUUGGAUGAUGAGCACGAGCCAUGA